UUCACAGUGUGUAGCGUUUUCUUUAGUCUGUUGUAUUGUAUCAAGUUUUUAAAUAAAGUUUCUUGAAAAAAGGGAGAAUUUGUAAAUAAACAGCGCCAUCUAUCGCGCACCAGCUGUCAUGGGCUGAAGUUACAAAACAUCUGCUGCCAUUAGUCACGUGCGCUUCCGUGUUAUGCAAACAUAGACUUUAGAUUAAGGCGGUUCUCUUCCACAAUUACAGACAUGAAAAGAAGGAAGAACACGAAACCAGGUGAAAAUGGACCAAAGAGUCAAGUGAAAAAAAGAACUGAAGCAGACUCUGGAGCAUCACUCUCCAAAAAAUUAAAGGAAAAGAUAGAAGUGAAGACCUCUGAGCCAGAGCGUCCACCUGUCAAGCCCCAUACAGCUCAGAGGAGAAAUGGCCAUAACAGCAUCCUGCACUACAUUUACAGGAACAGUCUAGGCCAAAGUCUGCAUUCUCAGAUGAGACAGUGUCUUCAGGAGCCCUUUGUCCGCUCUCUCUCCGCCUAUCAUUUCCAUGGUGCUACCAGCCCCUUCGAUCGCAGAAUCACCUGUCUGGAGUGGCACCCCACCCAUCCCACCACACUAGCAGCAGCCUCCAAAGGUGGAGACAUCUUUCUCUGGGACUUUGAAAAGCCCACAAAGAAAAGCUUCAUCCAAGGGAAUGGAGCCGGAGACUUCAUUGGAGGGAUGAAGUUCUGCCCUACAGACUCCUCCAGAGUGUAUGUGGCAACCGGUGAGGGGAAACUGACCCUGCAGAGCUUUGAAGGCCACCCACCUACCCUGCUGUCCAAAACGCAAGACUGUGACCACAAUCAUCACAAUCUUUGCGUUUGGUUUUGCUGUGUUGACGUGUCUGUGAGCCGACAGACGCUCGUCACGGGGGACAACAUGGGAGAGCUGUUACUCGUCAGUUUGAACGGCCAAAAGAUUUUCAGUGAGAAGUUGCACAAAGGCAAGGUGACCCAUGCAGAGUUUAACCCCCGCUGCGACUGGUUGCUGGCGACUGCUUCCGUCGAUCGGACGGUGAAGCUUUGGGACUUGAGGAACAUGAAGGACAGAAAGAGUUUCCUGUACGAGAUGCCUCAUGAAAGGCCUGUCAACUCAGCUUAUUUCAACCCUUUGGACUGCACCAAGCUGCUCACUACAGACCAACAGGACCAGAUCCGAGUGUACUCAUCCUGUGAUUGGUCAAAGCCUCAGCAAAUCAUCCAGCACCCACACAGACAGUUUCAGCACCUCACCCCCAUCAAGGCCACAUGGCAUCCUACGUAUGACCUCGUUGUUGCUGGACGUUACCCUGACGACCGCAUCUGCUCUGGUGACCAGAGGACCAUUGACAUCUAUGACUCCAACACUGCAGAGCUGGUUUAUCAGCUGUAUGACGCCACUGCUUUAGGAAUCAAGUCUAUAAACAAAUUCAGCCCAAUGGGUGACGUGAUUGGAUCUUGUAUGGGUGUGACGGUGCUGGUCUGGGACCACGAUAAUUCUCUAGUCAGCGGUCAGCACAAUCCGAAGGAGGAAUCCUCUGCUGUUGAUCCGAGGAGGCAGCAGCGGAGGAGCCAGCAGCGCUCCAGCAGGGAAAGGAAGACGCCGACUUUGGAGCCAAAACUUAAGAAAAAACUAGCUUCUCUGGAAGAAACUGAGACCAAGACUAAAACCGGAUGUUCCAAGAAAAAGAAAACGUAGACCAAGAAGUAAAACGGCCCAUCACAUUGUCUGUUUCAUCGUUCCUGUUUGGAUGUUUCAGAUUGUUCCUUGUUUAAACAGCUUUUUUAUCUAACAAUAAUAAAUCUAUUCUUUCAUAAAA